AUGCUGGGCGAUCUGGACGUCUCAAAUGAUGGGCGAUUUAGACAUCUCAAUGCCUGUGAGCGCAACGAGAAGGCGAGGCAGGAGGGCGUGUGUCCUGAUGCCAUGGGGCCUGUCGGUUUUUUCAGGGAGCAGCUGGCAGAGCGGCAGUGCAACCCCUCUCCAUCGCUCCCCUCUCUUGCAAUACUCAACUUGUCCUGUCUGCUUGUCCCACCGCCUCUCCUCCCUUGUCCCCCCACAGGAGGCCAACACCGAGAGGGUUCUCGCCCUCUGGAGGGACUUUUGAGGGGUCUCAAAAGCUCUUUUCCCCUCCUCCCUUCCUCCCUUCCCUCCCAUCCUCCCCUCCUCCCUUGUCCCCCCACAGGAGGCCAACACCGAGAGGGUUCUCGCCCUCUGGAGGGACUUUUGAGGGGUCUCAAAAGCUCUUUUCCCCUCCUCCCUUCCUCCCUUCCCUCCCAUCCUCCCCUCCUCCCUUGUCCCCCCACAGGAGGCCAACACCGAGAGGGUUCUCGCCCUCUGGAGGGAAGCUGCGCAGAAGUUUCAUGA